AUGCCCAAAGCUCGAUAUACGUUGUCCAAGUCCAAGAAGAUUGAAUUUUGUAAUUUCUUGAAGGAGGCGAAGUUUCCAGACGGAUAUGCUUCAAAUAUACAAAGAUGCUUCAAUGCUGACUCAAUCAAAUGGCAAGGCCUGAAAACUCAUGACUGCCACAUUCUUUUGCAAAGGAUUAUACCUGCAGGACUAAGAGGGCUGUUGGAUGAUGACAUCUAUCAAACAAUUGCUGAGUUUGGCAAAUUUUUUAAGGAAUUGUGCAGCCAAAAACUGAAUAAAGAUGUCUUGGCUCGUAUGAAGACUGAAAUACCUAUCAUAUUGUGCAAGCUUGAGAAAAUCUUCCCCCCUGCUUUUUUUGAUGUCAUGGUUCACCUUGCUGUCCACUUGCCUGAUGCGGCCAUCCUCCGUGGACCUGUGCAGUUCGGGUGGAUGUACCCAGUUGAACGACGCUUGUAUACUUUGAAGAGGUCUGUUAGAAACAAGGCACGCCCAGAAGGCUCAAUUGCAGAGGCUUAUGUGGCAGAUGAAGCUCUCACAUUUUGCUCGAGAUAUAUGGAUGAUGUAGAGACAAGGUUUAAUCGACUCCCAAGAAAUGUUGGAUUUUCAGAUGAAUCAGCCUAUACUGUUGGUGUUUUUGGGCACGGUGUUAAUCUUAUUGGUGCAUGCGAUCUUUCCUACUCUGAGGAACUUGAUAAGUUGGCUUGGUAUGUUCUCCAUAAUUGUGAUCAGGCUCAGAAGUACAUAAAAAUGUUUGAAGAUGAAUUAACAGCAACAGGAGUGGCUGGUGCAUAUCUUGAUAGAAGGACAGAGCAUGGAUUUGGGAGUUGGUUCAGGAAUUAUAUGUGGAAGUUGAAUGCCUCAGAGGAGGUUGAUGAUGAUUUAUUUGCCCUAGCUUGUGGCCCUGACCUUAGAGUAAGAUCAUACUCCACAUGUGUUGUCAACGGUGUGCAGUACUGUACCGUCGAGCGUGAUAAAAACAAGAAGACACAAAACUCUGGGGUGGCCUGUGCAGGCGCAUAUAGAAGUGAGAUAAUUGAUUUUUAUGGUACAUUGAAAGAGAUUAUUGAGUUACAGUACAACGCCAAGAAUGAUGGUACAAAGAGAUAUGUUGUUGUUUUUAUAUGUGACUGGUACAAAUUGGAUGAUGGUGUCAUAUCCACUGCUGCACCCUAUCAAGAGCAUUCAUGUUUUGUGGACACGGGCAGAAGACCUGAAGUAUUUGAGAUCUUACCUGACAUGCCUUUAAACAGGGUUGAUGAAGAUGGCCUUCUUGUUGAUGUUGCUGAGGUUGCACGACUUACAAAGGAAAAUCAAUCAAAGACUAUUACUGAAGAUGAAGAGAAUGAUGAGGUAGACGAUGACACAUUGAUGGAGUACUGUAGUGAAGAAGAAGAUGUCCCUGUUGAGGUAGAUAGUGACGAUGAGUAG